CAGCAAACAUCAACGACGCAUAUAAUAACAAUUCUUUGAUUUACGGAGACACCGCAGGACUCGUAAAAGUACUCGACAAGUUUCGCACACUUACUUCAAGAAUCUCAAGCAAGACCAACGCUCGUCGGGUUGCCAUCAUGGCGCCCAGCCUGAAGCCCGUCUACGACAAGGACGAAAAAGUGCUGUGUUUCCACGGCGAGCUCCUCUACGAAGCGAAAGUCCUUGACAACAAGAUACGAGAUCCGGCAGAUGGUAAAGAUGGCUUCAUGUAUCGCGUGCACUACAAGGGCUGGAAGAACACAUGGGAUGACUGGGUCCCAGAGCAGCGCCUUCGCAAGUUCACUCCAGAGUACAAGGAGCUCGCGCUCAACCUCAAACGUGACAUGGAGAUGCAACGGCGAGGCAAAGUAGCGCCACAGCCUCCACCACCUUCACAUAAACGCCGCGGCGAGGUGGGGGAUUCCUCGGUGCGUGGCAGCGAGGAACGAAGUUCUGCUGCACCGCAAGCGCCGAGAGGGACGAAGCGGGGCCGCGAACUCGAAGGUAUUGAAAAGGAAGAGGACUUCAUCCGACGGCCUGCCGUGCGUCUCUUCAUUCCCGACGCGCUGAAGUCCAUUCUCGUCGACGACUGGGAGAAGGUCACCAAGGAGCAGAAGCUCGUCCCGAUCCCUGCGCAAACAUCCGUCAGCUACUUUCUCAACCAAUACUACGAAGCGGAGAGCGCCGUGCGACGUCCCGGCUCCGCCGAUGCCGACAUCCUCGAAGAGGUCAUCGCGGGCGUGAAGGAGUACUUCAACAAAUCACUUGGACGCAUUUUGCUCUAUCGCUUCGAACGGCCACAGUUCUAUAAUGUGCACAAGGACAUUGAGUCUGGUCAUGGUGAACAUGCGGGAAAGACGCUGGCGGACAUGUAUGGCUGCGAACAUCUGUUGCGCCUGUUUGUCUCAAUGCCCGAUCUGAUCGCUCAUACGAAUAUGGACUCUCAAUCUGUUAGCAGAUUGCGCGAGGAGUUGGCGAAGAUGACGCAAUGGCUCUCGAAGCGCAUCGACAAGUAUCUUUCUGCGGAUUACGAGCACGUCGGCCAGGAGUAUCAGGAUCUAGCAAAGAGUAACACUUGAUUGGAUUUCAUUUGUGAGUUUUGGGGAGUGUAUCGAUAUCUCAUUCCGGAUUUGCAAUCCUCGACUUUGUGUGUGAAGUACAUCGGUGUUUCGGCGCGCGUUCCCAUACGCAGCAUUCCAAAAUCAGGUAAAAAUCAAAACAUGUGCUUUUCCCACAGACAGUGGGCCGCAAAUUCUCGGCGAAGGUCUGGGAUAAGCUUCUCGUGGCUCAUGCCCUCUCACCUCUC